AUUCUUUCGAGACAACACAGUUGAACUGACUAACACCAGAAUGACACAAAGAAUUAUCAUCGUUCUGCUGAGUUUGUUAGCUGUGUCUCUGGCUGUAGAAUGGCAUCAAAUCUCAGGCAAGCUUAUGCACAUUACAGCCACACCCAGGUUCCUUUGGGGAGUCAACAGUAACCAUCAAAUCUACAAGUGUAAACAACCUUGCUACGAAGGUAACUGGGACCAAGUAUCGGGAUCGUUGAAACAGGUCGACGGUGAUGACCAUGAGGUUUGGGGAGUGAAUCAAAACGAUGAUAUCUUCAAGCGACCGGUAGAUGGGAGCGGAACUUGGGUUCAUGUCAGUGGUAAGCUGAAACAUGUCAGUGCUUCAGGUUACGGCUACAUCUGGGGUGUUAACUCGAAUGACGAAAUCUACAAAUGUCCUAAGCCUUGUAAUGGAGAGUGGAGCCAAGUGAGUGGACGUUUGAAACAGGUGGAUGGUGGUCGUGGUCUGGUCUAUGGGGUCAACAGCGCCAACGCAAUCUAUCGUCGCCCAGUAGACGGAAGCGGUACCUGGGAAAGGAUUCCGGGAAGCCUAAAGCACGUUACCGGGUCCGGCAUUGACGAAGUUUUCGGGGUAAAUAUUAAUGACGAGAUUUACCGUUGCCCUAAGCCUUGUUCUGGCGAAUGGUUGAAGAUUAACGGAAGACUGAAGCAGUGUGAUGCAAAUGGAUACACCAUUCUGGGAGUCAAUUCUUCAGACAACAUCUAUCGUUCAAAUUAAGAUGUCAUUAUAGAGUUUGCAGUAUGGUCAUCUCGUUGACCUACCAAACUAUAAAUUCUUUAGUAGUAUGUGAAAACGUUUAUUGCUUCAUUUUUGGAUAAUUUUUAAUGCUUUUAUUUCAUCACUAUAAUUUGUCCUUUUAUUAAAUAAUGUAAAACAAUGUUAUAUUACUUACUUAACUGAACGACACUCUGAAAAUAGGUCAGUUUGAAGUUUUCCAUAAUUCAGAGUUUGAUAGGAGUAGUUUGUGAUCAUAUCUUGUUAAAAGUCUUUAGAAUGCUUAAUUAUUAUACUAUUUCUUAGUAUAAUUAUUUUAGAUUAUUUUCAGCUAAUCUGCGGUUAAUAAACUGAUACCAU